AUGGCGCCAGCAACAGAAAUCUGCUUUCUACCCCUCAAAGAGGAGAGUUAUCCCGACGAUGCUACCAGUACUGCCGGGCAGAAGUUCAAGAGCAUCUUAGAGACAAUCCUAGCUCAGGACGGCGCUCAGCGACUGUAUUGGGGCCCACAAGUUGAACAUCCUUCCAUCUAUAAUCUCUUCAUCGACUGGGACAGCAUUGGACACCAUGAGAAGUUCAUUGCGUCUGACGCGUAUAAGCCAUUCUCCGGCGAGAUCGGGGCCUUCUUGUCGGGCCCGCCUCGUUUCUACCAUGUUCACUUUGACCCUCAUCCGCCCACUGUGGCUCUGGCCGAUGGCGGUCCCUUUGCCACGGAGUUCAUCACCUUUUACUUCCCGGCCGAUUACUCGGAAGAGGACCAAAAAGCGGUCGAAGAACGUGUUAAAAAGCUCGUUAAAGUCAUCGAAGGGACUGCGAAGGGGUUCAAAGGCUCGGCGGGCGGUUGGGUCGCCGAAGAGCUUGAUCUUCCUGACGGCUCCGCGAAGGCCAAAGCCUUCAUCGGCCUCCUUGGAUGGGAAAGUGUCGAGGCGCAUUUGAAGUUCAGAGGGACACAGGCUUUCAGUGACAACAUCCAUUUGUUGAGAGAGGCAAAAGACCUGAAAAAACUAGCUGUCUUUCACGUAUCUUCUAAGGAAGCACAUAAAGUGUGA